ACUUGUGAUGUGGGGAGUUGGUGUUGGAGACCUGUUUCCCGUUGAUUUUUAAUAUUGCAUUAGAUCAAGAUGCAUUGGUGGCUUCUUAUUUGGAUGGUGGGGGUGUGGUAGUUUGGGAUAUUCAGUUACGACGACAGGUUCAUGAUUGGGAAGUCGCUCAGUUGGUGGAGUUGUGGGGUUUUUUAUAUGGUCUGGGCCCAGUCGGGGUGGGCCCUGAUGUGUUGGUCUGGACUAGGUUGGGGGCAAAGGGGCGGUUCACAGUAGCCUCAUUCUAUCAGGGGUUGAUAGGAGAUGGUGGUUGGGUUUUCCCUUGGAAAAGUGUCUGGGUUCCGGGGGUUCCGACUAAGGUUGCCUUUUUUUAUGUGGACGGUAGCUUUAGGUCGGAAUCUUACUUUGGAUAAUUUGAUGCGGCAGGGGCACAUCCUUGUGAAUCGGUAUUGUAUGUGUUGUGCGGAUGCGGAGUCAGUGAAUCAUUUGUUUCUUCAUUGCUCGGUGGCUUCGCGUUUGUGGGGCUUCGUUUGUUCACUCUUUGGCCUUGCUUGGGUUCAGCCACAAGGGGUGUUUGCUCUUCUUUGGGCUUGGCGGGGCGUACGUCUUGGACGGCGGCGGCGCCGAGCUUGGUUAUUGGCGCCGUUCUGCUUGAUGUGGUUGCUUUGGUGGGAAAGGAAUCGUCGUACCUUCUUAGCAGUUUCUCAUAAUGUUUCUUGGUUACAAAGUCGUCUUUUUAUAGUUUUGUAUAUUUGGUUGGAAGGGAGGGUCGAUCCGGAUUUAUUUGUGUUUUUAGAUUUUAUAGAUGAGAUGAUUGGUUAGUUCUGGUUCUCUUGGUUCCCUUUCUGGGUGGUUUUUCAUGUAUCGCUUGCAUCGUCUUGAUGCUUUCUUAAUAAAAUUUGCUUAUUUAUCAAAAAAAAAAAAAAAAAUUCUGUGAAAAACCCACUAGCCUUUUUGUACUUGGACAGUUCUUUCAUAGUGUAGAUCAUGUGAUUUAAAACAUAAUUCAUUUCUGCUCUAAAAAAGUAAAACUAAAUUUGCUGAUCUCAGAAUUUAAUUCUUUUUCUUCAUUUCAUUUUAUUUUAUUUAUUAAUUAUAAGAAACCUUGUAUCUACUUUUUGAAUUGGUACAUUUUAUUAAUUGGUACAUAAUGGUGCUUAUAUUUCCUGCUUUCCUGUUACUGGCCGCAUCUGCCAAAAAUGGAAUUCGUACUGUUUUGGCCCUGGGAUCUCUUUAGGCAUAUGACCUUACUCACUAGAUAUAUAAUUCUGAUUCAUAACAAAUUCAAGGAUUUUUUUUAGCCAUCUUGCUUGCAUGUGGUGCAAAUUAUGCCAUCAAUCAUACUUGAAUAAUCGUGGUUGCUACUUAUAUGAUUUUUAUACAUGUGACAAGCUGGUCGAACUCCAAGAAUGAAAUUAUGUUUUCUUUAUUUGUGCACAUAAUUAUGAUUCAGCAUAACACAUUUAUCUUUCAUGUGACAGUUGCAACCAUAGUUGGAAUUGUAGUGGCUUUAAAUAUUACACUCAGGUUUAAAUCAUACUGGUUUAAAUCUUGAAAUUGUCAACUGGCAAGAUGAGUAGAGAGAGUUCAAAAAAAGUUGAGAAAAGAAUUAGAAAAGAGCGUGAAGCUAUAAUUGCUGCGACAAUGGAUGAAAGAAGAAAUGCAUUAUUCAGAAUUUUAGAUGAGUGUUCUACUUCUCCACAUGUUGAAUCACAUGAUAUGAAAGGAGUUGUAGACUCCACUCAAGUACCAAAGAAGAAAACUAGGGGGGGCCAUCAAAGUUAAAGGUGCAUGAAAAAGGAAAACAGAAGCGAUGAAAUUGACUUCAAUGAAAGGAAUCAGCCUGUGGGACCUGAGUCAGUUAAACUAUGGACUUUAGAAGGGAUCUUGGCACGAGAGAUGGUGCCAAUAACCAUAGAGAGAUGGCCUGAUAUUCCAGAAGAGGUUAAAGACAAGCUAAAAACUGGCAUAUGUACCCAAGACAUUAUGUACUUAUGCAUAUGUAUUUAUUUUAUGGAGGAUCCUAUUGCAAAACGGUCACCGGCAUCACCACAAAGAAAUGUUCUUGAAAAUAAGGAUGUUGCAAUGGCAAAUGAUGCCCUCCAAACUGUAGUCAAGGAAAGCGGAAUGAAAGAAUCUGCAGUCUCAGAGUUACAGAAAAGGUUAGAAAUUUCCGUCUCGCUUUCUAGCCCCGAGACUCAAAUCAUAGACGAAUUGGAAGACACAGAAUUUCUUGAACUAGCAUCACGGUUGGUUGGAGAAAAUGUUGCUGGCAAUGAGCAGAUUUCACAUAGUCAGGCAGCUGAGGCAGUUCGUGACCAUUGGAGAAAAUCCACUCCACAAUCAAUACAACUGAAGGAGCUCAGCCCCCUACUUCAUGACUACCAACGCUUGAUUGCACGCCAUCAUAUGGAGCACUCGAACAUUGUUCUUGUCCACUACUGCCAAGUAAAGGUUACAAAUUUAUUCUAUUAUUCUUUGUUUCUUCAUUGAAGAAAUUCACAAUUGAUAAUUUGUAUACCAUAUCAGAUGAUUCUUAAGCCAAUAUAUAUUAUACAUAAUGCUGGCUAUUUUAGAAUAACAUCGCUUUCUAGCUUUCCCACCUCUUUUGUUUCAAGGUUUCUUGUAUGUAUAUAACUUCCACGUAUUGGAAUCUUGCUACAAAAUAUAAUCUAAUGUGUUUUGUUGCCCAA